GGUGCAGCAUCAUGGUUAUGAAAGCUACACUAGAAGAUGAUGAUUCAGGAUGGGAACUCGGUAUGCCUGACAAGAUGGAAAAGAGUAAUACCAGCUGGAUAGAUAUAACUCAAGAUUUUGAAGAAGCUUGUAAAGAACUGAAGUUAGGAGAAUUGCUUCAUGACAAGCUUUUUGGUCUUUUUGAAGCCAUGUCUGCCAUUGAAAUGAUGGAUCCCAAGAUGGAUGCUGGUAUGAUUGGAAACCAAGUUAACAGAAAGGUUCUUAACUUUGAGCAAGCUAUUAAGGAUGGUACCAUUAAAAUAAAGGAUCUCACUUCACCUGAGCUGGUAGGAAUAAUGGACACGUGUUUUUGUUGUUUGAUAACAUGGUUAGAAGGACAUUCCUUGGCACAGACAGUAUUCACUUGCCUUUAUAUUCAUAACCCAGACUUCAUAGAAGAUCCUGCUAUGAAGGCUUUUGCUCUCGGAAUCCUAAAAAUCUGUGAUAUUGCCAGAGAAAAGGUUAAUAAAGCAGCUGUUUUUGAGGAGGAAGAUUUUCAGUCAAUGACAUAUGGAUUUAAAAUGGCCAACAGUGUGACAGAUCUUAGAGUUACAGGUAUGCUGAAGGAUGUAGAAGAUGACAUGCAAAGACGAGUGAAGAGCACCCGAAGUCGACAAGGAGAAGAGAGAGAUCCUGAAGUUGAACUUGAACAUCAACAAUGUUUAGCUGUCUUCAGCAGAGUCAAGUUCACACGCAUCUUACUCACUGUACUAAUAGCUUUUACGAAAAAAGAGACGAGUGCAGUUGCAGAAGCUCAGAAACUAAUGACUCAGGCAGCUGACUUGCUCUCUGCCAUACACAAUUCACUGCAUCAUGGUAUGCAGGCACAGAAUGAUACCACUAAAGGAGAUCAUCCUAUUAUGAUGGGGUUUGAGCCACUUGUUAAUCAGAGACUGCUGCCACCAACUUUCCCUCGAUACGCAAAAAUUAUUAAAAGGGAAGAAAUGGUCAAUUAUUUUUCCAAACUAAUAGACAGAAUAAAAACUGUAUGUGAAGUAGUCAACUUAAGUAACUUGCACUGUAUACUGGACUUUUUCUGCGAGUUUAGUGAGCAAUCACCAUGUGUUCUUUCAAGAUCCCUGUUACAGACAACUUUUCUAGUAGAUAACAAGAAGGUGUUUGGUACUCAUCUCAUGCAAGACAUGGUAAAAGAUGCCUUAAGAUCUUUCGUCAGUCCUCCAGUACUUUCUCCAAAGUGUUGUCUUUAUAAUAACCACCAGGCAAAAGACUAUAUUGAUUCCUUUGUCACACACUGUGUUCGGCCAUUCUGUAGUCUGAUUCAAAUCCAUGGACACAACAGAGCUCGUCAGAGAGAUAAACUAGGCCACAUCCUUGAGGAAUUUGCCACACUACAAGAUGAGGCAGAGAAAGUAGAUGCAGCGCUUCAUAGCAUGUUACUGAAGCAAGAACCACAAAGGCAACAUUUGGCAUGCUUGGGCACCUGGGUCCUAUAUCACAACCUUCGUAUUAUGAUACAGUAUCUUCUUAGUGGCUUUGAGUUAGAACUUUACAGUAUGCAUGAAUAUUACUACAUCUAUUGGUACCUCUCAGAGUUCCUCUAUGCCUGGCUGAUGUCAACACUGAGCCGUGCCGACAGCUCUCAAAUGGCAGAGGAGAGGAUAAUGGAAGAACAACAGAAAGGCCGUAGUAGUAAAAAAACAAAGAAAAAGAAGAAAGUUCGCCCUCUCAGCAGAGAGAUCACCAUGAGUCAAGCAUACCAAAAUAUGUGUGCUGGGAUGUACAAGACAAUGAUUGCCUUUGACAUGGAUGGCAAAGUAAGAAAACCUAAGUUUGAACUGGAUAGUGAACAAGUUCGAUAUGAGCACAGAUUUGCUCCAUUCAACAGUGUUAUAACACCACCUCCAGUGCACUACCUGCAAUUUAAAGAAAUGUCUGAUUUAAAUAAGUAUAGCCCACCUCCUCAGUCAUCAGAUCUCUACAUGGCAGCUAGCAAGCACUACCAGCAAGCUAAAAUGAUUCUUGAGAAUAUUCCGAAUCCAGACAAUGAGGUCAAUCGAAUUCUAAAAGUUGCAAAACCCAAUAUUGUGGUCAUGAAACUGCUGGCAGGAGGCCACAAGAAAGACUCUAAGGUUCCUCCAGAAUUUGACUUCUCUCCUCACAAAUACUUCCCAGUUGUGAAGCUUGUUUGAAGUACAAGAGAUUUUCUUAGGAUACUCGAAGAAUAUCUGUGUAGCAGAUACCAGCUCUAGGAGAGGGAAUAACUAGUGCUGCACUCGGACUAUGAGGGCCGUUCAGGAUAAAAGUACUGUCACACGAAGUAUCUGUAUCCUGCUGCCUUUAUGUGAUUUGAAUGACAACUGCUGAUUUUAAGUGGUUUGUAUAAAGUUUAUUGGAUUUUAUGUGUGAAGCUGAUUUUAAUCAAUUCUAUUACUAACAAACGGUGUAUCUUAGUUCAUAUUAUUACAGAUUUUAAUCAAAUAAUUUUUACUACUGUGUUCUGACUAAGUGGGGACUGAAUAAAAAUCAUUGCAAUAGAGCCUCAUGUCUGAUGAUGUGCACAGCUAAGCUGAUGCAAUUCUGCAUUUAACAAAGUCACUUGGAGAAAUUUUGAAUUUCUGUAUUUUUGUUUAAUUGCAUCAGAGUUGCUCAGUUCGUAAGUAGAGAAAUGCUGGGGUUUUUUUCUCACCACAUCCUCCAAGCUAAAAGGAUCUUUAUAGAUAUCAAGAGCAGAUGAAAAUUAGUCAUUGAACUAUUGAGUGAGUGAUUCCUAGUUGGAAUUGUUCCUUUGUCUUUGUUCUCCAAAUGCUGGAGAAUCUGCACAGCAGACACUCCCAAUAGUCACUAGCAAUAGCACCAGACACUGAGGCCUCUAUUUUACCAACUCUGCAACUUGGUACCAAUCUUAAAUGUUUGCUCCUGCAAACAAGGAAUUGCUACUUUUGCAUGAUCUUUAGUCUCCAUUUUUUACUGCAAUGGGGCUGCUGCAUCCUAUUGUCUUCUGUAGUAAUUUUCAGGUAGAUUACCAAAACAGGAGAAGCUCCAAACCUAUCCCUGCCUUCCUGGAACAGUUAUGCCUUCCAAGCUUUCAGAUGUGAAAUAGAGGUAAGCUGUUGUGUUAUAGCAAAAGAGCAAGCAAGGAAAAAAUGUACAAAAAGCAGACCUGCCCUGGCCAAGUCAUACCUAGGCCAUACAAGCAAAUCCUUUGUUGGACAUGGCAAUUCUUCAUUUUGGUGUACAGUGACUUCCACUGUAGGGAUGAGCUUGUAACUCCAUAUUGACCUAAUGAGAUGGAGUCAAAAUUUAACAGGGUAGAAAUCCAUUUAGAUUUAAGUAAAAUGUGUCACUUUAAGCUUACUAACAUAAGUGAAAUAUGUUGUUUAGUCUAGUAACUCUAGCACUAACAAAGUUGUCGCAGCUAAGGAAAAAAUGCAAAUUUCCACACUAAAAAGAGCUAAGAAAGACUCCUCAGACCUUGAAACAGACAGGGCAGAGUAACCCAAGACUUCUUUCUGUAUUUUCUGACAAAAACUAAGUACAAGUGUAACUAGCUGUAAGUGUAACAUGAAAUCAGCAUAAUGAAUAUGCAUAGACCUAUUGUGAAAUUCUAUGCAUACAGAAAUUAGUAAAAGUAAUAAAAAAGGAUUGGGAGUUCUCA